AGCUUCAGAAUGCACAGUGGAAUGCCUCAUCACCCUAGCGGAGGAGUCGGUAUGAUGCCUCGUACUAUGGGUGCUGGAGUUUUACCUAUUCCUGGUAUGAUGCAUGGAGCUGUGCCUCAUGGAAUGGGCUUUAAAGGACAACGCACUCCAAAAGCUCCUCCACCAACUACCCCUCAGCCAACACUUUAUGUUCGUAAUCUAAGAGAAACUCGCAAUCUUACAGCACUCAAGACUGCACUUUCCACAGUAUUCUCAAAGUAUGGAGAUAUUUUAGAUAUUAAAGUCAAGCGUAAUGUUGGACAUCGUGGCCAAGCGUUUGUCUCUUUUCAAACUGUAGAAUCUGCCGUAAAGGCAAAAGAAGAAGUGAAUGGGUUUCCACUAUUUAAUAGACCAAUGGACAUUCAGUUUGCACGGGAACAAUCGUUUGCUGUCAGUGUGUUGGCUGGAACUGUUGAAGAACACAAGCGGAAACGCAAGGAAAUGCUUAAAGAGCGCAGUGCAUUUGAUGCAAGUGAGGCUUCGCGAAAGAAACAAAAGUCCAAUUCGGAGGAGUCUUUGCCUCCAAACAGCAUUCUUUUUAUCCAAAAUUUGCCAACAGAUAUCACGAAUGCUUCAUUGUCUGCGUUAUUCAACCAGUUUCCUGGUUUCAAAGAAGUGCGUCUUGUUCCUGGACGAAGUGAUAUUGCCUUUGUUGAAUACCAUAAUGAGAUGCAUUCUGCUAUAGCCAAGCAGGCCUUGCAUGGAUAUCGGCUACUUCCUGAGCAAGAAGAAAUCAAAGUUACUUUUGCCAAAAAAUAAACCAUUUGAUAUGAUUCUGUUUGAGUCUGGCAUGUU